AUGAGCAAAGACUCUUCCGCAACCCAUCUACACAUGCACCAACCCAGGCUAGCAGACUUCUUCGAAGAAUUCACGCGCCCCCACACCUCCUCCGCCGCCACGGACAACCCCCAAGCCCUAAACCAAACAACAGGCUCAAACGCUAUAACCUACGGCUCAUCCUCACCCGCCUCAAUCCCCUCUUUCUUACCCAUCGAAGAUAUCUACGUCGCCCCGCAACACCAGCCUCCAAACCCAGAAGACGAAGAUGAUGUUGUGCCGGACCAGCAUGCUGCGUUUGGGAUUACGCGCGCUAUGGAGCGCAGACGGGAUGCUGUUUGGAGGGAUUUGGGCCUUGAGGCACUUGUGAGUGGACAGGGACAUGGUGGGAGUGCGAUGGCUGCUGCUGGCCCUAGUGUUGGGGCGGGGUCGGGGCCUGGGGCUACGCUUAGGGGAAGUGCGGGUGGUGCGGCUUCGGCAGCGGCGCCUGCUGUUCGGGUGAGGAGUGCUGGAAGGAAGAUGGGUGGACGUAGGGUUGUUUGUUUGCGCUAG